AUGACUGCGACUGAGACUGCUGCCGCGGCCAAGACGGAGACGCCCAAGCGCACCAUCUACGUGUCGUCGCGCAAGAGCCAGCUGGCCAUGGCGCAGACCAACACGGUCAUCGCCAUGCUGGAGGUCAAGUUCCCGGCGCUGCGCUUCGUCGUGGGGCAGCAGGACACGGUGGGCGACCAGGUGCUGGACCGCCACCUGAGCGAGCUGGGCACGAGCACGGCCUCGGGCCUCUUCACCAAGAGCCUAGAGGACGCGCUGCUGGCCAAGACCGCCAGCUUCGCCGUGCACUCGCUCAAGGACAUGCCCACAACGCUGCCCGACGGGCUCGUGCUGGCCGCCAUCACCAAGCGCGAGAGCCCCGAGGACGCGGCCGUGAUCCACCCCAAGCACAAGGCCAAGGGCCUCACCACGCUCAAGCAGCUGCCCGAGGGCAGCGUCAUCGGCACCAGCUCGCUGCGGCGCGAGGCGCUGCUGCGCCAGCAGUUCCCGACCUUCGAGAUCAAGACGCUGCGCGGCAACAUCCAGACGCGGCUGGCCAAGCUGGACGGGCACGACGACUACGACGCCAUUAUUGUGGCGGCGUGCGGCUUCCGGCGCGGCGAGCUGGGCGACCGGAUCGACGAGAUUCUGCCCAUGGACACGUUCGGCUACGGCGUCGGACAGGGGAGCAUCGGCGUCGAGUGCCGCGCAGACGACGAGGAGACGAUCGAGAUGCUCAAGACGAUCACAGAUGAAAAGUCGGCGCAACUCUGCAAGGCCGAGCGUAGUCUGCUCUACCAUUUGGAGGGAGGAUGCCAGAUCGCGAUGGGCGUGAGCGCGACGCUGGAUGAGGACACGCUGACGUUGAACUCGACGGUGUUGUCGCGUGACGGCAAGGAGAGCGUCCACGAAUCGAUCUCUGGACCGCGCACGGAGGCUGAGAACCUGGGCAAGCAGCUGGCGCAGCGCUUCUGGGACAACGAGCUGGCCCGCAAGGUGCUGGGCAAGACCGGCCAGAAGCGCGCCCUGACGUACGGAGACGCCGAAGCGCCCGGUGACGCCGCUGCCGCCGCUGAAAAGGCUGCCUCCGAAGUACGAAAUGCUUGGUUCCAGUCAUUUCGGAGCUGCUCGCCCAACGACUCAAGUGGCUGCUCCUUCACUGGUGUUGCGGUGCGCGUCUCGGCGUCAAUCUCCCUCGGUUCGGCGCGACUCGCUGUUCACCAUAAAGCCCAGCGUCUGGCGUCUCUGAAGCUGCCGGUUGCACUCGUCACCGCCCCGUACCGCGCGCGCCCUAGGCAGAUAACGGAAACCAUGACCAGCGACCAGUUGACGCGCUGCCAGAACUCGCGCGUGCUGCAGGCGUUCCGCGCCAUCGGCGUGGUGGCCGACGAUGUGCCCGUUGUGUGGUACGGCAUGGGCAAGUCCAGCUUCGCCACGGCCUCGCUGGGCAAGUCCUUCGCCGUGUACAACUGCGACAAGCUCACGCCCGUGCUGGUGUCGCCCCAGCUGCCCAAGCGCAUCGCGGCGCUGGCGGUUUUCCCCAGGAAGCACGUGACGUUUACGGCCUGCGGGCGCCAGAUCAUCGUCUGGCGGCGCGCGGACCGCUGGAAGACGCUGGUGGGCCACAAGGGCGCCGUCAAGCAGAUGAUCACAGUCGGCACCGUGCUCUUCUCGCUCGACGACGAGCGCAACAUCAUGAUCUGGGACCUGGAGACGAUGAAGCUGGUGGACACGCUGAGCUUCCCGAUUGGCUUCACCCCGACGGCCAUGAUGCACCCGGACACGUACCUGAACAAGAUCCUCAUUGGCUCGGAGGAGGGCGCGCUGCAGCUCUGGAACGUCCGCAAGAUGAAGUGCAUCUACGAGUUCAAGGGCUGGGGCAGCGCCGUUACGGCCUUGGAGCAGAGUCCUGCGGUUGACGUGGUGAGUAUCGGACUGGCGGACGGAAGACUGAUGGUGCACCACCUGCAGCUGGACGAGCGCGUCAUGGACUUCAAGCAGGAGCAGCAGAGCAGCAUCACGGCCAUGUCCUUCCGCACCGACGCAGGCGCGUCGACGACCCCGUUGGUUGUGUCUGGAUCGAGGUCGGGAGACAUCGCGGUCUGGAACCUGCAGACCAAGCGGCUCGAGUCGGUCAUUGCUGCUGCUCACGACGGCGCCGUGGUGUCGCUCCAGUUUUUGAGUAACGAGCCGCUGCUGCUGUCGUCCGGCUCCGACAACUCAAUCAAGCUCUGGAUCUUCGACCACCUGAACGGUGGCACCGCUCGUCUUCUCAAGUCGCGCGAGGGCCACCGCGCCCCGCCCACGCGUAUUCGCUACUACGGCAACAACACGCUCGCUACUAUGGCCGACGGUGCUGACGGCACGUGCUGCCAGAUUCUGUCCGCAGGCCAAGACCGCGCCUUCCGUGUGUUCCACACGGCGCGUGAGCAACAGAGCAGGGAGCUAUCGCAGGGGCCCGUUCUGAAGAAGGCUCGCCGGUUGAAUGUGCGCGUGGAAGAUCUGAAGCUGCCGCCGAUCGCGCAGUUUGCCGCCAUGGAGACGCGCGAACGCGACUGGGCUAACGUCAUCACGUGCCACGAGAACGAGAUCGCUGCUUACGUGUGGCGUUUCGAGAACCGCGCCAUUGGUAAGAAGGUGCUUCGCCAGUUCGACCCCAGCAAGCGUGUGCCUUCGGGCAGUGCUGAGGACCUGCGCCGCAAGAAGACUCAGGCUACCAGUGUGGCCAUCAGUUCGUGCGGCAACUACGCUCUUGUGGGUAGCUUGGGUGGUUGCAUCUUCCGCUACAACAUGCAAUCCGGUGAGGCUCGUGGAUCAUUCCCAGUUUCGGCCACUCCGAAGGCGAAGAUCAUCCGUUCGUUGGUGCUGCCGGGCACGGAUAUGUCGGCUCUGCAGGACAAUGACGUCGAGAAGACGGCGGGUGAUGCUCACGACGGACCUGUCAGCGCCGUGGCCGUGGAUGCCCUCAACGAGACGCUGGUUUCGGCUGGCAUUGACGGUAAGCUCAAGUUCUGGGGUUUCAAGAAGCACGAGCUGCGCUACGAGAUCGAUAUCGGCUCCCCUAUCAGUCAGAUGGAGCUGCACCGUGACAGCAACUUGCUCUGCGUGGCGUGCGAUGACCAGGUGCUGCGUCUGUACGACGUGACGACUCACAAGCUCGUCCGUCGCUUUGCCGGUCACUCGCACCGUGUGACGGACAUGACGUUCAGCUCGGACGCUCGGUGGCUGUUCUCGUCCUCGGCUGAUGCCUCGCUGCGUGUGUGGGAUAUUCCUACGGGCAAGUGCGUGGACUGGCUGCGUUUCCACAAGCCGGUGACUGGUUUGGCGGUGUCCCCUACGGGCGAGUUCCUGGCCACGACGCACGUUGGGCACGUCGGUAUUUUCCUGUGGGCCAACCGCAGCUUCUUCACGGAGGUCUUCCUCGACUCGGAGCCUGCUGAGCCUGUUCUUAUGGACAUGCCCGUGUCGCUGAACGAGGUCGACAACAGCGACCAGCUCGGAUACGGCACGGAGCGGAACCCUCAGCUGUCUGUUUUGAGUGUGGACGAGCAGCAGUCACAGAGCAGCAAGGUGGAGAAAGGGGAAGAGAGCUCCGAGCCUCUGGAUGCCUCCCUCAUCACACUGUCUACGGCGCCGCGUGCGUUCUGGCAGUCACUGUUCAACUUGGAGCUCAUCAAGAAGCGCAACAAGCCUAUUGAGCCUCCUAAGGCCCCCGAACAGGCUCCGUUCUUCCUUCAGACCGCUCGCAAGGAUGAUGUCCACCCGACGUUCGUCCCCGUUGCUCCCGAGGCGAAAAAGGAGACCAAGAAGAAGGAGGAGGACGAGGAUGUUGCCAUGGACGGCUGGGGCGUCGGCGACGACGACGAGGCAUGGGGAGACGACGAUGGCGAGGAGCCCGAGGACGACGCAGAAGUUGCUGCCCCGAGCUCUCGGAUCGUCAAGACGGAAGGCAUUGUCACUUCGCGCUGUAAGCUGGCCACACUGCUGGCGAAGGCGAUCAAGCUGGAGGAGGAGGAAGACGACACGGUCUCACGUUUCCAUGAGGUGGCCGUGUACAUGCAGUCGCUCUCUGCGUCGGCGGUGGACGUUGAGAUGAGCACCCUGUGCAUGGGCGACUUCGACGAGGAGGGCAAGAAGCUGCUGGGCCGGUUCCUGGACUUCCUGCGCGAGGAGAUGCGGACGCGCCGCGACUUCCAGGUGCUGCAGGCCUAUCUGAACCGCUUCCUGAAGCUGCACGAGGAGCUGCUGGUGGCGGACCCGGCGUUGCUGGCGCAGGUGGACGAGCUCGGAUCAUUGCAGCAGCAGCAGUGGCAGCACCUGCAGAAGCUCCUGCACAACAAUUUGUGUCUGGUGCAGUACCUCAGCAAGAUCCAGAUGUAA